AAGCGAAGAACGAGAACGAAGACGAAGACCGACCGAAGCCGAACCGAAGUGAAUGCUCAGCAGUCCAGCAACCAUCGUUUAACCUAGAAGCAGAAGCCACAGAAAAAAGAGAUACUGUUUUGUUUGUUGGGACGAUUUAAGCAUUUGAAAUGGCGUUUUGUUGUAGCAGAUUGUUGGCGUCAACUCACCUGAAAUCUACUCCAUCAAUCCUGUUGCGAGGCCUCUACACCUCUCCGAGAUGCCUGGCCACCAUGAAGGUUAUGCCAUACAAACCGCCUGCAAAGGAAGGACAUGAUGAAAGAAACAUGCGGCUAAAUCGCCCUUUGUCACCUCACCUUCUCAUCUACUCACCUCAGCUGACUUCUAUGCUGUCAAUCACACAUCGUAUGACUGGAUUAGCUCUUACUGCCUAUAUGACAGGCAUUGCACUAGGGGCUCUCAUGCUGCCACAACCACUGUCAGCAUAUCUAGCAGCUGCUAGCCUAUCCUCUGGCACUAUUUUUGUUGGCAAAUUUAUCAUGGCAUUUCCUUUUGCUUACCACUUUACUAAUGGAGUUCGUCAUUUGGUCUGGGACAUGGGCAAGGCACUCACUAUCAAGGAGGUUUACUCCACCGGAUAUGUCAUGCUUGGAAUCUCAGCAGUUAUCACUCUGCUUCUAAUGGGAAUUUAGAGACAUACUCUAGUUUAUCUCAGAAACUUGUGUAUAUAUCUCAACCUUAGAUCAUUUAUUAAAAUAAAAUAAGUUGAUAAAAGACAAAGGUAUUAUGUUGGUUCCUCAAGUCUGAUCCAGAAGCAAUUACCAAUAUUUCUGAAGUGCAAGAAAAUCUGAGCUUCGGGUGUAUUUUGUAAAUUUUCAGUAUUGUGAUGUAUGUUUUCUGACAAGCUUUUCACAAUUUUGUGUUUGUGUGUCAUUUGACCUUGUUAUUUAUUAAAUGUGAUUAAUUUA